AACCAUGAGGCAGGGCAGAGAGUAUCUGCCUCCCGGAUCACCAGGAACUAUCACAUGACCGGAUGAUGGUCAGAGCAGGAAUGAUGCUGAUAAUGAGACUGAUUUCCUUUUAUCUGAAACAAAGUUUUUAUGAGUAAUUCUCAAUUAACAAACAGAUUAAACAUUUACUUUCAACAGAUUCAUAAGAUUUCAGAAACAACUUCCCCUUUGACGAUCGCAAAGGGAGUAUGAAAAACAAUGUAAACAGCAACAAGAAAAAGUCCUGAUGAUUGGUGGAAACUUUGGAGGCCAGGUGUAUAAAAGGUCCAGAUUGCAAGGGGUCAUCACAUCCUGGGAAACUCACCUCUGAAUAGAAACCCACCCUCCACCCCUGACACCAUGACCAACUGUUGCUCCCCUUGCUGCCAGCCUACGUGCUGCAGGACCACCUGCUGCAGGACCACCUGCUGGAAGCCCACCUGUGUGACCACCUGCAGCAGCACACCCUGCUGCCAGCCCUCCUGCUGUGUGUCUAGCUGUUGCCAGCCUUGCUGCCGCCCAACUUGCUGUCAAAACACCUGCUGUAGGACCACCUGCUGCCAGCCCACCUGUCCCACCUGUGUGACCAGCUGCUGCCAGCCUUUCUGCUGCAGCACACCCUGCUGCCAGCCCACCUGCUGUGGGUCCAGCUGCUGUGGCCAAACCAGCUGUGGGUCCAGCUGUGGCCAGAUCAGCUCCUGUGCACCUGUCUACUGCAGAAGAACCUGCUACCAUCCCACAUGUGUCUGCCUGCCUGGUUGCCUAAACCAGAGCUAUGGAUCCAGCUGCUGCCAGCCCUGCUGCCGCCCAGCCUGCUGUGAGACCACCUGCUGCAGGACCACUUGCUUCCAGCCCACCUGUGUGACCAACUGCUGCCAGCCUUCUUGCUGUUGA